AUGUCGGCCCCCAAUGAACUUAAGAUGGAAUACACAAGACUCGGUAAAUCGGGAUUGAAGAUAUCCAAAGUUAUCUUUGGUGCAAUGUCUUUUGGAUCAUCCGAGUGGCAAGACUGGGUGAUUAACGAGGAUGAAGCUCUUCCACUGCUGAAACAUGCAUACGACCUCGGAUUGAAUACAUGGGAUACUGCAGAUGUGUACUCCAAUGGAAGAUCCGAAGAAAUUAUCGGAAAAGCAUUGAAGCAAUAUUCAAUUCCAAGAAGCAAGGUUGUUAUUCUUAGCAAAUGCUAUUUCGGCGUUGCUGAGGGUGGAGAACAACCACAUAUCUCGGUGCUUGCGACAAACGAUGGGCACAUGGUCAAUCAGGUUGGCUUGAGUAGAAAGCAUAUUCUUGAUGCUGUGGACAGGAGCGUUGCUCGAUUAGGCACAUAUAUCGAUGUCCUGCAGAUCCAUAGACUCGAUCGCGAUACUCCCAGGGAGGAGAUCAUGAAAGCCCUGAAUGAUGUUGUGGAAAGUGGCAAAGUUCGGUAUAUUGGUGCAAGCAGUAUGGCCGCGUGGGAAUUUCAAACACUCCAAAAUAUCGCAGAAAAAAAUGGAUGGCACAAAUUCAUUUCCAUGCAAAAUUAUUACAAUUUGCUCUACCGCGAGGAAGAACGAGAGAUGAUCCCAUACUGUAGGGACGCUGGUGUAGGACUCAUUCCAUGGAGCCCCAUUGCUAGAGGAGCACUAGCUCGUCCUUUCAAUGACCGAGGUACAACCCGUGAAAAUAGUGACAGGAUGCUCAAGGCCAUGAUCCGUAGCAAGGAGAGCGAAAUUGAUAAACUCGUCAUCAAUCGUGUUGAAGAGAUCGCGAAGAAGAAGGGAGUAAGCAUGGCCACUGUGGCUAUUGCAUGGUGUCUAGCAAGGAAGGUGUCAAUCCAAUUAUUGGUUUGA